ACAAAGGCAUUUAAAUGAACAAAUCUGAACAUAUGGUCACAGUGGCCCUCAGCAAUGAUGAACUUUUUUUCAAAAAUUACACCUCUUUUGAAGCAAAGGCUGUUAUUAAAAUGUCAGUUCUGCUUUUUCUCUGUGUACUAACUAAUUGUUUUAAUGGAAUACUGAUCUACUGUUACUUCAGAUACCCUAUUUUUAUGGAGAACUCACGCUAUGUGCUCUUCAUUCAUAUGGUGUUUAAUGAUUCAUUUGAGUUAACCAUUGGUUUAACAAUGCACAUCUGGCUUGAAGCCACUCCUUUAAUGCUAGUUCCAGUGUGCUAUACUCUUCUGGUGAUAGCUGUCUCCUCCACCUUAAACAACCCAAUAAAUCUGGCACUCAUGGCACUUGAACGCUACAUUGCCAUUUGCAAACCACUACACCACCCAAAAUUUUGCACCUUUUAUCGAUGCAUUGCAAUUUUAGGACUGGCUUGGGUGAUAAGUGCCAUCCCAGCAAUCACUGACCUCAUCAUUGUCUUCUGUGUGGAACCCUUGAGCUUCUUCAGAACUUCAAUGUACUGUGUCCGUGGAAGUUUAUUCAGAGCCCCUUUUCAAGAACAGAACAGGCUGAUUACACAAGUGAUAUUGUUCACUAGUGUGACUCUCAUAAUUAUUCUCACAUAUAUACAGAUUGUUUCUGCUGCUCGGUCAGCAAGCCUCUCCAAAAAAUCUUCAGCCAAGAAAGCUUACAACACUGUUUUGCUACAUGGCAUACAGCUCAUGCUUAGCAUGCUUGCUUUCCUUGCUCCUCUAACUGACAAUCUUAUCUGGAGUCUGCCAAACCAGUACCAGAAAGACCUCUCCUUUUUCAGAUACAUUAUAGCAUAUGUCAUUCCAAGAUUAUUGAGCCCCCUUAUCUAUGGAAUUAGGGAGGAAAACUUUAGAAAACAUCUGAGAGAAUGCUUGCCAGGUUGGCUAAACAAUAUCAGGCCUCUCAAUUUAAACAUAAUAGUGAAGCCAAGAGGAAAGAAAGACAAGAGAGUGAGAGCAAGUUAGCAAGUUAAGGUGUCCUACUUCAUAAAAAUGCAUUCAUCCUCUCAGGCUUUUUCACUAUAAGGGAAAGGUAGUCUUUUAAUGGAAGAAGAUACAAAGAUUCACAGAUAUGUUUUUAGUUUAAAAGGUAAUAAAGUGCUUUAACUACCAUUUAGAAUAUCAUUAAGUGACCCACACUGA